CCAGUCGCUAAAUCUGACGAUUUAUUUACUUUUUACUAAUAGCCAUAUACAUGUAUACUGUCUCCAACUUGCAUCUCAUCUAUAUAUGGUUUAAAUGCUUUCGGCUAAAACGGAAUACACCGAUCAGCUUACCGAAUAUAGUUUCACAAAAAAUGGCGCUUUAGGAAAUAUUUUAGUGUAAAUUGUGAUCUAAGAGAUAUUAAUUUUAGUGGUUUACAAUUUUGGAAUAAUGAGUUUCUGGAGUUAAGGAAAAACAAAUAUUUUUCGGAGGAUUUAUAAUGGAUCGAAAUCAUCGAUAUCACUUGAAAGGUGUGCUUCUGGUUGUCUUGCUAGGCACCUCGACUGCAUCACCUCCUUCGGUGUCGGUACACCGGGAAAACGACGACACAAACCCGCAACUCGGAGACAAUGUCGUUCUUGAGUGUGAAGCUGAUGACUUCGAUGAAAAGGAUGUCGUCUUUAAAUGGACGUUUAGGAACAUGCAAAUUGGAAAUAUGUCCUCCCGGGGGAAAUACAUGGAAGAGCUGGAUAGUUAUUACUCACACCUGACUAUUCAUGACAUAGGCCAUGCUGACCUGGGACAAUAUGAAUGUUUUGCAAGUAGUAGCGCAAAUGGACAGCUGUCGGACAAGUUCAACCUGGAUUUCGAUUUUAGUCCAGCACUUAACAUGAGCAAACGCCAAGUAAACAUCGGUGAUGACGUAACCAUGUCAUGCAGACACAAUCUGAAUCAGGGGGAUUGGAAAUUCGAGGACAAAAGAGGUAUUAUUAUUUCGUCGGCUGAAUACAUUCAGCGAUUUGUAAACCAUGUGACAAGCUUGGGCGCACCUGAAUAUAUGAAGAACAUAGCGCUGAAAAAUGUAACUCUGGGGCAGAGUGGAAACUACAGUUGUUUCAAUAAAAACGGCCAGGGAAAGGAAGCUAAAACUGCAUUAGACGUCCUUGGAAUGGAGAUCAAUUGCGAUAUAAGCCAGGGCGUUAUGGUUUUCACUGAGGGUAUUGAUGCUAAAAUUGUUUGCACUGUCCAUGCAAAUCCGGAAAUUGAAGGAGACCCUGGUGUUAGCUUGACAUGGAGAUCUAGUGUUGAUGACGGCUCGUUUGACAAUAUACCAAGCGAUGUUUGCAGUGUAGGUAUGAAGCCAGGACUCCCUUUAACUUGGACCCUAACAAUAGAUAUAAAAGGGAAAUAUGUGUAUCGGCUAGACAACAAACGCAUUAAAAUCCAAAUCAAGGACCAAUACGUAUAUAUCAAUAUACAAAUACAGAAACCCUGUCAACAGUCGUGUGGGCCAAAUACGAAGUGUGACAUGAAAGGGCAAUGUUCGUGUACGCCCGGAUUUCGUCCCAGCCCUGUCGGUAUCGGCACAGGAUGUGUUCCAGAAGGAAAUGAGAGUACGACACCAGGGCGAUCCGAAUCGGACGAAGAGGACGAUGGAGAUGAGUGGGGUAUGUCAGGUGGACAGGGUGGUGAUAAGGACAAGGACAAGGACGAUGAUGCCGUGGUCGUUCGACACACCUCCGUGGCCACAAUCGUGGGCUCAACCUUCGGAGCGUUGGCUAUGGUACUCCUUGUCCUGCUGUUGUAUAUAUGCUAUCGUCGGUGGAAGAAAAAGGCGGACACGCAAAAGAUAAACGGUGGCACCUACACAGACCCUAGCGCUCUGUACCAGUAUGAGUACCACUCGGAGGCGAACCUGAUGAAAGACAACCCAGCCUUCACGAACCCCGCGUACGGCCAGAUGCCCAAACAAGUCGCUAGGAAAGAGAACACAUAUGUUAGUCUGCGGAAGGACGAGCUGGAAUUUCCCCGGGAGAACCUCCAGCUUGGUGUGGACCUGGGCCAGGGCCGCUUUGGGAAGGUGAUUCAGGCCCGGGCUCUUAACAUUUCCGGGAACGGGAAGUGGACACAGGUUGCGGUCAAAACAUGCAGAGGUACCGCCACUGAUUCAGAGAAACAGGAUUUAUUCCUGGAACUUGAGAUUAUGAGGAAGAUUCCACUUCACCCGAAUGUUGUGACUCUCUAUGGAUGCUGCUCCAAAUUAGAUCCACUUUAUAUCAUACUCGAGUACGUUCAAAGGGGAAGUUUGAUGAACUAUCUCCGCCAAUGCCGCCCAAGCAGUCGCAUGUCACGUGGUAGUACGAUGACGUCAGUUACUACGUCAUCAAGCUUCAUGGAGCCACGUGCAAAAGAUCUCACCAUUUUUGCUCUACAAAUCUCUCGCGGAAUGUCACACAUUGCAAACCUAGGCAUAAUCCACCGCGAUCUCGCAGCACGUAAUAUUCUUCUGGCCACGGAUUUCACGUGCAAGAUCUGUGAUUUCGGCCUUGCACGUGACGUUGAAGGCAUCGACGUGUAUGAGCGCACAUCCAAGGGACCGCUACCAAUCAGGUGGAUGGCACCGGAAGCGCUCGCUGACAACAUGUUCACUCGCAAAAGUGACGUCUGGUCGUACGGCGUCCUGCUGUGGGAGAUUGUCACGCUCGGCGCCACGCCGUACGCCGGCGUAGCGGCGAUGGAGGUGAUGAGAAAGGUGAUGCAAGGGCAGUAUCUACAGCGUCCCCUGCACUGUAGGGAGGAAAUGUACAUGCUAAUGGAGAAGUGUUGGCAGAAGCCGGAGGACCGGCCGAGUUUUGCGGACAUCGUGGCCCACCACGAGGCCCUCAUGGACGAUGACUACAUACUGCUUAGUGAUUAUGAAGAAUCCGACUAUGGCUGGCUCGACUCUUACACCAUGGAUGAGAGAGUUUAAACAGAUAAAAAAGGACUUCGAUAUGUGUAAAAAUAUCUACAUGAGAAGUUAUGGGGAUGAAAAAGGACUUUGAAAUGUGUAAAGCUAUUUUUCAUAAUAAAAGGGUUUAUUGCUAUGAAAAAGGACUUGGAAAUGUGUAAAAAAAAUAUAAUGAAUGAGUUUACAGAGAUUAAAAAGCAUUUCAAUUUGUGUAAAAUAUUUUCAUAGUGAGAGGAAUUAAACUAACGGCACUUCA